GGAUGGAGAUCCUCUGUAAGACAGCAAGGAGGGUGGCAGAAAGUGGUCAGGUUGUCUUGGUCGUAUAUGAAGAUGUCAAGACCGCAAACGAGCUUCUGAAGAAAAUAGAGAGCGAGAAUCCACAUCCCCCCAUCACAUUAUACACAAUCAGUGAGAAACACAACAUUGAGAGAACCAAAUUCAGAGGGGGACAUGUAAUCAUAGCCACAAAUCUAGGAGGUCGUGGAACUGAUAUCAAGGUUGAUCAGGAUGUCAACAUACAUGGUGGCCUCUUCGUCCUCCUGACACAUUACCCUGGGAGUCGCAGAGUGGAGAAACAGGUGUUUGGAAGAACUGGUCGGAAGGGAAACCCGGGCAUGGCACAGAUGAUCCUCUGUGGGGUUAACCUUGCCCCAGCAUACCAGGGCCAGCCUGUGGAGAUCAUGAGACAAUUGAGAGAGGAGUACGAAGUCCAACGCAUCAAAGAUAUGGAGACAGAUGAGCUUCUCGAAAUAAAAAUUAAAGAGGACCUGUUUGGCACGUUUUGUGAAUUUCUUGACAAGUUUCAUGGCAACUUCACAAAACAGGAGAGAGAUGACCUGUCAGGAAUGGGGCCGAAUGAUGUCCCUGAGUGUUUUAAAGAAAAAGGCCCUAAGUUUGAUUACCAGCCUGCACUCAAUGCUUUGAAAGAAACAUGGGCGUUGUGGCUUACCCUUUACGAGGAGCACAUCCGUCAGCACGAAGAUAUCAGUGUUCUUAAAGCAGACCUUCUUGAGCAUAUCACAAAUAGGGGCAACAUGCUGCUGAAUGGAAAAAGUAAAAACUUCUAUGACCACAUUAAGCAGGCUACCGGCAGAACAGACUUGCACCUCCGCAACAAAAGUAAGUUUGACUAUGAAGCAAAGUCCUACUGGAAAGAUGUUGAAGAAUGUGACCCUUUUUACAGUGCCGUGGCAAUGUACAACCAAGCUUUCAUCACAAUCAACAUGGGCAAAGAUGGCUACAAAACAGAGGCACGGGAAUUACUGGAAAGGGCAAAGACAUCUGUGGAUGUUUACUUGUCAGAAACCACACUUUUCAGAUUGCCACAAGAGGGAACUUUGAAGAGGGAACUUUGAACCACAUCAUGAAGGAGAACGCAACUUUCUAAAGCAAAUAGAUUCCAGGAUGAGCAUUCACCAAGCUUGGAUACGUAACAUUGACCUUGCAGUAAAUAAACUUAAAGAGCUUGAGGGUGAAGGCACAGCCAUAACAGAGGUAUCCUCAAUGUACAGCCUCUCAGAAAAUCAAGACUACAUCACAGGAAAUGAACUCACGGCCUUGUAUGACAAUGGCCUGAGCAUUGUGUUUGAGGUGAAAAAGAAGCCAGAGUUCUGCUUUGACGCUUUGAUCUGUUUCUUCAUCGGUAUGUGUCAGGUCAUCCUUGGAAUUCUGGUUUGUUCCCUGUCGUUUGGCUCUGCAACCCAGAUUGGCUUAUUUCUCAUCUGUGAAGGAGUCUCUGACAUGAUUGAAGGGAUAUCUGGCAUGAUAUCGGGCACAUUCGAUUGGACGCAAUGGGCCAUCUCCAAAAGCAUCAGCAUUGGGAUGUCUCUGCUCUCCGCAGGGUUCAGCGCCAUUAAAAAAAUUGCCAUCACAGCAUGUAAAGUCCUCAAUGGUACUAAGAAACUCUCAUCUGUUGCAAAGGAUAUCAUUGGCACAGGAAAAUAUGUUUUCAAGUCCGCACAGAAAGCAGCAAAGUAUACAAUUAAGACUGCAAUGAAGAAACUGGCAUCCCCUACAAACAUGCAGAUGGCUCUAAAACACAUAACCAAGUAUGCAUUUCAGGAGGUAGGGAUGCAGGGUGUAAACACAGCAAUUAACUAUGCCAUUGAUGCUGGAAUUGGGGCCAUCUUUAAAACAAUUUUAUAAAAAGCUUUCAAAAAACAUGGUCAAUUCAACAGUCAAAAAGAAUGCCGAACUAGAUCUCAGUCUCACUGAAUACAUUAGCUCUGCAGUACCUAAAGGAGCUUUUCAGAACCGCAGCAACUAUAAGAUUGACUCAAAGCUUGAACAACAAACAAAAGAUUUAGUUCAAGUUAUGACAAAAGAACUUAUUCCUGGCCUCAUGACUGAUGCCACCACAUCCCAAGUCAGUGAUGUUAUCAGCAGACUCUCUGAGGUGUGCAAUAAUGCAACUGACCUUGUGGCAAAAAGUGGAACACAUUUUAUUGCAAAAGGAGUUAAAAUGAGUGUAGAAAUAGCUAAACACACCACAACCUUGGUCAAAAUGAUUCAGUCUAUUCCUACAGAACAUGUUAUCAAUGACAUAUUUGUCCUCGACUUAAAAAAAGAAAUUGAAGAGCAGCAAAGAAAUGUGGAGCAGUAUGACCAAGAUGGCAGACAUGAUUUACCAGAUGUGAUUCGCCUGAAGGAUGAGUUGCUAAGCUCCAUUUCGGAAAGUGUCUCCGAAGCGUUCAUAGAUGCUUGUGCUGGUCAUAUGUCCUCUUUUGUGACGGGAACAUUCAAGAAGAAGCUCAAUGGAGUUACUGGAAAAGUUGUUGACAAUGUACUUGGCAGACACAAAACUGAGGCCUUUUUCCAGGACCGGCAGCAUAAACAUGAUAUGAAGUCAGCCAGUCAGAAGACUGGGAAAGCUCUGUCAGAGACUGAAACAAAAGACCUUCUGGACUAUGCAGAGAAGAUUGGUGAUGUUAAUCGACCAGCCUGGGCCCUGGACAUUUAUGUCCUCACAAACAGUGACCUGCUCCAUGGUAAAGGCAUCCAGUUCAAAGUGGUGGAUCAAGAUGGGAAAACGCUCUCAGAGGAGUCCUACCCGGGAACAAACAGCUCAGCCGGCCAAAUCACUCUACGGCUGACCAAAGAGCCUGAGAAAAUACACAGUGAGAAAGGAAUCCUCUCUAAAGCAAAAGACAGAAUCCAAGGAGUGGAAAGUCCAUACAGUGGUCACUUUGACAUCAUCCAAGAUGGCAAAGUAAUCCCUGUGCGCUCAGAGAACAAGAACUGCCUGUACCAUGCCCUAGCACAGGCAACAUCUAACAGGUCUGAGGAUGAGAUCACGAGUCAAGCUGUGAAUCUACGAAACAAUGUUAAAGACCAGAUUAAAGGGAGCCUUCAGGCUUAUAGUGAAAUGGUUAAAACCCAGAAGGCCUAUGAUGCACUCGAGAAAAAUCAUGGAAAAUAUGCUAUAGUUGGAGGGGCCAGGAAUAGAAAACGGACGAAUGAUGGGGAAUAUGAACAGGAUAUCAGGCCCAUGAAGAAUUGUCCUUAUAGUUCCUCAGGGAUAAAUGAGUAUGACAUAGCCUUUACGUACCACCUUGGAUUAGUUGGUCCUUACAAAAGCGUCAGAACCACCAAACUUUUCUCUGACAACAUGGGGGAAAGAGGCAUUGUGGAGGCAGACCAUAUCCCACCAAAGAAUUCCGUGAAGCUGGCGAGAGACCAAAAAUCUCAGAUGAAAAAUCUUCAACAGAAUAAUCUGAAGUUUUAUGAUAUGAUAAACAGCAUUGAAUCAGAUCAGAAUGGAGGGAACCUGCUCACAAUGCGGGUUCUCAAACAGCAUCACAGGAAUGCUCUAACCACUGGAAGGAGUAAGACAUCUGUCAUCUGCAGGAAGCUGCUGGCGGAUACACUUGCAAGCGGAGAUGUGGAGAAAUCACUGAAGUUAUCUUUCAUCAUGGCUCAUCCUAUUGCUUCCGACCAGCUCAGAGACAAAGCAGGAAAGCCCAAUAAACUUACCCUGGGAUCCAUUGAUUUAUCUCCUGAAGGAACGGUGUUCUACUAUAAAGCUGGCUUCAAUCAGAUGCUGAAUCACCAUAGUAAAGAGGGGAUCAUCGACCAGAAUCAGCAGGCGAGGCUGAAGUCCUGGGUGUCCGAUAAGAAGUACAUGGACCCAGACACCCCAGAGUACAACGACAUCCUUGCAGCCAUCCAGUAACACAACCUCCACUGGAGACAUGUUAGGAAAGGGAUAAAGUCAUACUUUUAUAUUCAGCAAAUGAAUAUCAUGAAUUCAGUAUAAUCAUAAGGUGAAUCAUUUCUUGUUGAACCUUAGGUGAAUGACAAUUUGACCUUUCUACUGCUGCAUAAUUACUAUACUCUUUUUGUUUGUGCUUCCACAAGGUAGCCUAUGGCUUUUCAAAAUAGAUACAGUAACUUAUGUGCAAGAUGCAUGAGAUAUAAGCUUGCUAAAACAACUAUAGGUUCUUUACAGUAAACUGUAAAUUGACUUUUGAUUUUGUUUCAUUCAAUACUGUAUACUAUACUGGGUGCCAAAGUUAAUUUCUCAAUGUCAUAAUAUUUAAUGUUUGUAGUUUCUUAGUGUUGAAUUAUAUAGCCUACUUUUCAUUUUAGUGUAAUGAUCAUGAUAACCUUUUAAAAUCAAAUCAGAAUGUAUUUGUCGCUUGUGCAGAAUACAGUGAAAUGCUUACCCACAAGCCCUUAACAAACAAUGCCGUUUUAAGAAAAAAAUAAAAAUAAAGAAAUAUAACAAAUAAUUAAGGAGCAACAAUAAAAUAACAGUAGCGAGGCUAUGUAUUUUAUGCUCAUCAUCAGGGGUUUCACAGUCAAAUCACUAUCUCAUUGGAAGUGUUUAUCAUGUACUGGAUUUCUUUACUAUUGGAUUAUGGAUGAUUUUGUAUUUACUCAAUCCAAGGUGGUGUUGUAAUCCAUUUGAAUAAAUGUUUGCAUUCUCAAAAAUAUUAUCUGUGUUUGAAAC